GCUGGCUCAGCAGAAUCGCGUCUUCUCAGGUUUUCCCCAUCGUGAUGACUGUGAAGGGUCCUGGUGCGGCGAACGCAUGACGUUGACGGCACAUGCACACCGUGACCCAUCCCCUUUGUCGUCGAAUCGCCUGCCAUGAUGAGCUCAAAUUGAUUGGCUUUUGAGUCCCAAAUAAGAUUCAAUGAGCCAAAGAUCGACAAGGCAGGGCCAAGGCUGCCAAUGAUAAGGAAAGUACGACUGUACGAGCAUCGAGAUGGGAAUUGCAUGCCACAGGUGACAUCACAGCGAAUGACAUCACUGGACCCUGCAGACACCAUAUAUCGAUCAAUUCUGAGCUUUGGCUACAGCACUUGUUCCACAUGCCAAGCAACACCUUAUUGAUCCCAAAUCUAUCGAAUUUUCAAUCAAUAUUCUGAGAAAGACCAACUUCACUCAAAGAUGUUUCCUCGCAGAGUAAUCACCACCGUUCCCCGCGUCUCGGCUUCGGCUUCAAGCCGCCUUCUUCACACGACGCCUCGCGCAUCGCUCGCAAGCAACCGCGGCGCCGUCCCUGACGAUCUGGCCGACAAUCCAGUCAAGGGCCGUACAGGCGGCGGUGAGCCCCUCGACUCGUCUGCACCUUAUGGCGCCUCGCAGCCCAAGAUCUCCAACCACAGCGUGCCAGGGCCCGACGGCGCCAAGAACAUGAGCCCAGAGCAGCAGAAAGAGGUCGAGGAGCACAACAGGGACUUUGCGGCCAAGCAUGAUACCAGCAGCCCGGCACCGGAGGAUAAGGUGGACAAGAAGUUCUGGACUGGAGAAGCCCAGGGCAAGAAGGGUGUUUCUGGUUAGGCGGCGCAGCGCAUUGCGCGAAUGUCAGCGUCGCGGGCGACACUGGCUUGUACGAGUAGGAGGGCCGAAACUUGAAACAACAGCCAUCGUAUUUUCUUUUGUCACACGGCGGGCGCGAUGCCUGCGGCGCGACUGCUUGCCUAAGAA